AUGCCGACUCCGGGAGGUUUCGGGCGAGCAUCCUUCUCUUCGAAAUGCCCGAGCGAAGAUGCCUAUGUCGAUACGAAUACUAAUACUGUGUUGCUGUGCGACGCGACAUCGCCUACGUCCAUCGCCGAGCAAGCGGGCAGGGGGGGUUCAAUGGCCGUCGCGCAACCAGCAGUUCGGGAAGUGUCUCCACCAACUGAAGUGGCCAAGAGGCCCCUGGAACCCUUGCGAUCGAGCUCAACAAUGGACGAUGCUUCCAGACCCUUACCCCCUGCGCCCCCUCCGCCGUCGGCGACGAAAUUGUCGAAGAAGAAGGCCAUCGAUAGGCUAUUCUCCUCUGGAUUCUCCUUCUCGAAAAGAGGGAGCAUCGUAUUCAACCAUUCUCACGCCUCGAUGACCAAUAAGCAACAAUCACACUCCAGAACCAUGAGCAAUCCUCAUGCUGCCAACGAAUUAAGCGAUGCGAUAGAUGCGCUGAGUGUUUCUCGUAGAGCGAAUAGUGAUGGCAUGAUUCGACCGACAAACCACCAUCACUUCUCAUCUAACACGACAACGGUAAUUCAAGAGGAGGUGAGCGGGCAUGAGUCGAAUGAGGACCACAAGAACAACUGGGAGCCAAACCUGGUGUCCCAAGAGCCUAAAGCCAAAGCAGGCAACCACGGCGGAAAUGCGGUUGCAAUGACGAAAUCAGGAGACUCGGAAAGGCCUGAUUGUUACCGGACUAAGCCGAAGAGAAAACUUCGACGCAAAUCGGCCCUUCGACCAACGGUACAAGGAGCAGGAACAAACUCUUCCGUGAGGAAGAGAGAUAGUCAAUACUCUGCGAGGGAGAAACGGCAAUCUCGGAUAAUGAAUGGCGACACUAUGACCCCUAAUAUGCAGAGUGCAUUUUUUGCAGCCUUGGAGAAACCGGAGACGGCUCCGCCUGUUACCCCUUACGUCACUCCUAUUGACAGUUCUGCUCUCCCCCAGACUGUCACUCCUACCGUCGCCCCUGUCGUCGCUCCAAUCUUUACUCCAAUUGUUAUUCCCCAUAUCAAGUUCACACCACUAGCGGUCCCUAUUCCGACCAGGAGUCUCGGUGACGAACUCUACCUUGACAAAUUUACAUUCUCGAACCGUGGCAGUAUGCUGCUUGGGGGCCGGCGAAUGCUGAGCCUUCGCAAGGUACCAAGCCAAUCCUCGAACGCCAACGAUAUGGGGCCUACACUCGAGUCACAUGCAGAAGAAGAUGAGUUCGUCUCUGAAACGCCACGGACAUGCGAAAUGCGCGGGAAAUUGUCUCCUACACAAGAGGAACCACACGAAGGUGACGAGCCAGUAUCUCCUACCGCAAUAUCUCAACCAGACGACUCUCUUUCUUCACCCAACAAAAUGCAUAAACCCGGAGCGAAAACGGCAUUUUCGAUGCUUCCCCGAAUUAAUACACGAGACAUUGAAACUCUCCAAACUAGCCCAACCACUUCUACACACAGCGCAAUGACUGCUACCGCAGUACAGGUAUAUCAGUCAGACAACGUCCAUCCUUCUCCCACGACAAUGCAUGGGUCCGGAGAAGAACCUACAUCGUCGAUGCUUCCCCUAACUAAUACAAGAGACAUUGAAACUCCCAAAACUAGUCCAACCACUUCCACGCACAGCGCGAUGAAUGCUACCGCACCACCGGUAAAUCAAGCAGACCACGCCCAUCCUUCUCCCACAGCAAUGCAUAGGCCUGGAGCAGAAACUACAUUGUCGAUGCUACCCCGAACUAAUGCACGAGACGUUGAAGCUCCCAAAACUAGACCAACCAAUUCCACUCCCAGUGCGAUGACGGCUACCGCAGUACCGGAACAUCAAGCAGAUAACGUCCUCUCCUCCCCUACUAGAAUGCAUAGGCCCGGAUCAGAAACUACAUUGUCAAUCUUUCCCCGGAUGCACGCCCGAGACAUUGAAACUCACAAAACUAGUCCGACGGCUUCCUCUCCCAACGCGACGUCCCCUUUUGCAGUACCAGUAUAUCAGGCAGACAAGACCCUUCAUUCACCCACUACCAUGCAUAAAGCAGGAGCAGAAACUACAUUGUCGAUCUUUCCCCGGGUUCACACCUUAGACAUUGAGACGCCCAAAACUAGUCCGACGUCGUCUCCCAACGCAACGAAUGAGGAUACGACACUCUCCAUUGACGAUAAGAUUUCAGGGGGCACCAAUGGACAUGUUAAGAAGCGACGUGGUGGGUCAAUCGUCUUCCGAAUUCGUCACGCAAAGAUCAUUCAACAAAUCUUCCAUGUAUCACACUAG